GGCUCAGGGCCCUCGCUGGAUUGUGGGUGGCACCAUGUCGACUUCGCUCUGCCGCUUUAGGAUGCGCUUGCAAGUGCACUUUCUGCACAUAAGAUUGUGCGGUGCAUUUCGAUCAGCUUCCCAAAUUGCACCCAGCUCAAUUGGUGACGAGAUUGAUCCUACCAGGCUGGUCGCAGUGCCCGAAGAACGCUUCCAAGAACUCGUGACGGCUGAAGUGGCGUACUUGGCCACUGUGCCUGUCAAGGCUGUUUCCAUGCGACAGAUUGUGACAUGGCGAGAUGCUCGUGACAUGGUGUCCAUCAUCCAAAGGGAGGUACCAAGGCGGUUUGCUCUCAGGAUUCGGCUGAUCGAAACAUUGGACGGCUGGCAGGCCAUCCCUGAACUCGUGAAAAUGCACCAGCGGCUGACAAGAUGGUACAGAGAUUUAGUAUUGCUCAACUACAGCGACCCUGAUAUGAAGGAGUUUGUUGGCACCUUCAAGUCUAUUCGGGAAGAAGGAAAGCAUACCAUUGCUCUCUCAGCAUCUGGCAUCUACAAGCUCCGGAAACGGCUGAACAAAUUUUCACAGCAGGAGACGAACUUUUUUGAUGACUGGCUAGAUGGCUUCUUGCUUUCGAGGAUUGGAACCAACGCUUUGAUUGAUCAAUUUGUUGCCAUAGCAGCCAAAGAAGACGGAGGUUUGGGAAGACCAACCGGCAUUACGGAUCCACGUUGCAAUGCGUCCAACAUUUGUGAAUUUGCCGCCCAAAUCUCCUCAUACAUUUGCUACCAGCGAUUUGGAAGAGAGCCGAAGUACAUCGUCCAGGACUUUCAGGCCGCGACAAGUGGGACAACUUUGGUCAAGCAGGGCCAAAAAGCAUCGCAUCUCUUGGUUGGGUGGGAGUGCUGGAAGAGUAGGACCGCAAGACAACUCCCCUUGCUAUUUCAGCCUGAUCCCCAGCUACUUGCGGUACAUCAUGUGCGAGCUAUUGAAGAACAGUUUCCGGGCAACGCUCCUCACAUCAUCAGAAGAUGACAUGAGCAAACGUCCAGUGCGCAUUCGGGUGUGUAGAGAUGUCCACACUGUUGCAAUCAUAGUCAGCGAUGAGGCUGGUGGGAUUCCCUUUGAAGUUGGGGACCAAAUCUGGUCUUACAUGUACGGCACCGCUGCAAAAAUUGGAACCAAACCAGAAGGCUUUGGAAAUCCCGAGAACUUGACCGGGUAUGGGGUUGGGCUUCCUUGUGCCCGCUUAUACGCGCGCUAUCUCGGCGGAAGGCUUUCGCUCACUUCCUAUCCUGGCUAUGGGACGCAAGCCCAUUUAAUGUUGCCGAGACUUGAUCCAAACGAAGUGCAAUGAAGAUCGAAGGCGAUGAAUGCAGGAGACCAUGUUGGCUCUGUGUGAAAGAACCAUGGAUAGUCACUGUGAAGCGCCUGGAGCAGACGGAGGUUUUAAACGAGGCAGCCUAAGGCAGCGACCGCAACACAUACGAGAGUGGGUCGGGCAUGGCGCGCAGAAAAACUUUACUUGGAAAGCAGGGGCUGACGAUAUCCUGUGCUGCGAGGGUAAGAUCUACGGUGGGGAUUGCAGCGGCAUUGCUAGGAGCCGUGAUACCAAGAUGCUUGCGCCGACCAGCUCAAUACGGUGAACAAAACUACGUUUGCAGUUCUGACAUCCCUGUGCUCGCCUUGUCCGUGUCCCUCGCAUCAAGCUAUGACUUCUUGCGCCUUCGAGUGCCUGCAGUGCGCAACAGGACCAAGCCAUACCAAGCCCAGACUUAGAGCAGUUGUAUAAUUGUCUUAUGUGGCGUGACAGGCAACUGGUCCGGGAGUCGCGCUGGCACGUGUAAAAAAAU